AUGUACGAGGUUAUGAGUACUUGGCUCACCGAUAUGAUGCCGGCUUAUCUCCUUCAAUUGAACUCCACUGACCUGAUGACAGUCAUUUUCAUGCACCUGUUUGUGUUCCGCUACCUCCGUCUUGUCGUGCACUUGAUAUCCUUCUGGCUUAUGUAUCGACCCGCACCUGUCCCGAAGAACCCCACGUUGUUCCCUUCGGACUGCAGCAUUAUUCUCCCAACGGUCGAUCCUAAGAACCAGGAUUUCGAAGAGUGCUUAACAACGUGCUUACUGAACGGACCAGGCGCUAUCAUCAUCGUGACCGUCGGCAAGAAGCUGACGAAGCUGACUAACGAGAUUGUGGCACCCUUCAAGCGGCGUUUCCCUGACACAGAGAUCCUGGUCAAGACAGCUGAUGAGGCCAACAAGCGCCGCCAAGUUGCUCAUGGCCUGCGGUACGUCAAGACGAAGAUCACGGUUCUCCUCGACGACCACGUGUUUUGGCCCACCACCCGUUUUCUUCCAACACUGCUGGCCCCAUUUGAGGAUCCAGAGGUAGGCAUUGUCGGGACUAACAAGCGCGUCCGUCGUACUGACACUGGCUUCAACAUUAGGUCUUUCUGGAACAUGCUUGGUGCAUUGUACCUCGAGCGCCAUAACUUCGAAAUCCGGGCAACUAACGCAAUGGACGGCGGCGUCUUUGUGGUUUCAGGUCGGACUUCCGCGCAUCGUUCUGAGAUACUACAAGACCCCGAAUUCCUGAAGGGCUUUACGAAUGAACGGUUCUUCUUUGGCAUGUUUGGACCCCUGAGCGCAGAUGAUGAUAACUUCAUCACCCGUUGGGAUGUGCGUCACGGUUGGAAAGUGAAGAUCCAAUACUGCAAGGACGCUAUGAUUGAGACCACUCUCGGAACAUACCCCAAGUUCCUCUCUCAGUGCCUUCGAUGGGUCCGGACAACCUGGCGGUCCAACUCGGCAAGCCUGUUCACGGAUCGAAGCGUCUGGUUUUCUCAGCCCUGGUGCGUCUAUGCGGUCUACUUUACGUCGUUCGUGAACUUCGCCUUGUUCUAUGAUGGUGCAAUGAUCUAUGCGCUUUGGAACAGUAAGCUUGGCACAGUCCGGAACAUCAAAUACCUUGUUUUCUGGAUCUUCUGCUCGAAGAUGGUCAAGCUAACUCCAUACUACCUUCGCGAGCCACAGGAUCUCAUUAUGCUUCCUGGUUACGUUGCUUUCGCCUAUUUCCACAGCCUAAUCAAGCUCUAUGCAGGCUUGACUUUCUGGGAAACGAAUUGGGGAGGACGGAACCUGGACGACGUCAACAAAGGCAAGGCCGAUAAUAGUGACAGCGAACACGAUGAGGGCGAGGACAGCGACGCUACCCCACGCCCGCCCAAGCGCCAGAAGACCGCCAGCAAGUUCCACCCGGUCCCUGGUGAUGCGGCCCCCAUCGCUCCCUAUGCAAGAAACCUCUCUUCCGACCUGUCUUAG